ACAGACAGCGUUUCUGAUAUGUCAAAACUAGCCAUAAGGCUAAUAUCCUUAACUUUAAUCGAUAGUCCUGAGGCUUAUUCAGUAGGAGGAAAUAUUUACCUUGUUGCAUGUCUACCCUGUGGGGCGGUUUCCCAGACAGGUUAAACGUAGUCCAGGACAAAAAAUUAUACUCAAUGGAGAUUCCAAAUGGAAAGUAUUUUAGUCUAGGACUAGGCUUAAUCUCUGUCCAGGAAACUGUCCCUAUAUGUCUAUCUGAAACACUUAAAAUGUUGACCUCUAGGGAUCACCCAACUGCCCUCAAGUAGAGAGACAUCUUGAAGAUCUGUCAUGUGGUGUUUAUUUAUAUACCACCAUUAUACAGUGCCCUCCAGUGUCCAUCCACUCAAGUUCUUGGCAUGCCUUGCGCAGGAAACUCUUUCCAUGAAGGGCCAAGAGUCUGCUGGUUUUUGUUAAGACCUAGUCAACCAGGUGAGAGGAGUGCCUUACUAAUCAGCGACCAUAUUUGAUCAAGUGCAAGAGCAAAAACCAGACACUCGUCCCUGUGUGGAAUGAGUUUGACACGUGCCUUACUGGGAUCAUUUGGGCUGCUGCUUAAAAAAACAAGUAGUGCUUUUUUGGUAGGUCGUCUGUGCCAUAUUGUACCCUUCAAUUAGAUUGUUAUGAUCAAAGUUUAUAAUCCAUGCUUUGCAAUCUUAUUUCCCAAGUCCAGUUGGAAUGACCUCAUUGUUUCAUAGUGCAGUUUUGGCAAUAGUCUGAACUAAACGAAGCCUUCAGAAGGCCUACAUAUGUUCAAGUAAUUUAUAAGCCGAUAUAUAAAAAUGCAUUCCAAAUGUGUUAACCCUUAAGUAUGUUUGCUUCUAGCCACAAUAACAGAAGCUCAUUCAGAGAUCUAGACAAAUGUUAAGAGACAAGUCCCAUAUGACAGUUAUUUUGGCCCAUUGAAUUUGGUUAGUUAAUAUUGUGAGAAAAGAUGCAGUAUGAUGACAAUUAGUACUAUCCUUAUUUUACCCCAGUGGUCUGUUUUGAAACUUAUUUUGUAACCACGCAUUGCAAGAGACUAAACACACAUGGCCUCAUAUCCUAUGUUUCACAAAGCACCUCUGACCACAGACAGGGAAGGCUUUGGCCUAUGAGAAUUUUCCCUGCACUCACUGAUAGGCACUGUGUCACGUUUCUCAAAAGAAAAAUAGCUUCAGGCUAUUCUGGAUAUUAAUUAACAUUUAUAAAAAUAAAAGGUUAUCUACUCUUUGAUAUUCCAAAAUAGGGCUGGUUUCCCAGACCCAGAUAAAGCCUAUUCCUUUACCAAAAAGCACUUUAAAUGAAGACUCAUUGAGCAUGCAUUUUUGCUCACGACUAUGCUUAAUCUGUGUCUGGAAACUGGCUCAUAUAAAAAUAAGCAAUGUAAUACAGUGAGUGCUUACUCAGUUGUUGGGUAUGUGAGCUUUAUAGUUUGAAAUGUAUAAAAUAUUUCAGAGACAAAUUGUUGGUUGAAUUAAUGUACAGUGCAUCAGACACUUUGACAGAGGACAACAGCACAAUAUUUUUGUAAUAUGUCUUUGGUAUGUUAUGAAAUGUGCUCCUAAAAGUGAGUGUGCAUGUGUUUUUUUGUAUAUGUAUGAACUAAAUCCUGGGUGGUAAAAGUUGAUCACAAUGAAAGUGGAAGUGUGGAGAUACAGCUGGUUGAUUAGACUGUAAGAAUUGUGUCCUUGGAGUCAUUUUCUGCUCUCAGAUGCUUGAAAACAAAUGUACGCUUUGAAAUAAGAUAAACAUUACCUCGCACAUGUGCAUGCCAUAUAAUGUUUAAUCUUCCUAAUAAUGAUUAUUCUCUUACGGUUAUUUUCUGUUUCACUUUUAGUAUUAUUGUGACCAGUUACUUUUCUGGUGACAAGGUGAGUGGUUGAACAUUUUUAGAAAAACAAAGUGGUCUGGUCGUGACUGGAGAGUUUUUAGUGUAAUUUCCCUUCAGGUAGUAAAAAAUAAAUAGUAACAAUUAAUAGAGUACAUCAGUGUUAUAGUACAUGAUCACUUAAAUUAAUGAGCCUUAAAGGAAUAGUACACUCCAAACCAAUGUUUAAAAGAUUGUUAUGUAGCCUCAAAGGUGCUCUUCAGUCGUUCUACAAUAUCUGUUGAAUGGAUAGUAAUUAAGGAAAAUUUGCAUGAUCUACCUCAAAUUAAUGGAAAAGAUCUGUUCAACCAAUGUUUUGAAUUUGAGUGACAAUAUGAUAUCGCUACAUUUAAUUAACCUCAUGGAUGUAAAGGCCCCUGAAGAGGACUAGCAAUGUUCUGGUAUCUGUAAUUUUUGCCGUAGAUUCAGCAAUAGCCCUAGUUCUCACGGAGUCUGGAGUAUUGCCACAUUCAUGUGCUAGUCGGACUUGUUGUAGCUAUACUGUUGCUGCGUUCAGCCAAUUUAGCAAGCCAGAAAUUUCAGAGUUUCCUAGUCGGGGAACUCCAAAUUUCAAAGUUCCCCCGACUGGCAUGUCAACAUAUCUCUUUGACCUUUGUGACUCAGGCUGUGAAAUCUGGCACCACUUUAAUUUGGGAUGUCCCGCCCACCAUUUCAUUCGCUCUUCCGACUGUCCAUUAUCUUCUGGCGGAAUGCUCCAUCGCAGCCGUUGACAAAGCACAUGCCUGAAAUCCUUAGAUCCUAGCACAGCAGAAGAGCGUGAUUUUGAUACACUAGCACAGGGAUGGGCAACUGGUGGCCCGUGGUUCUGUUUCCAAUAGAUUUUUAAUGUUAAAUUUGGGAACUCAGUCUCAAUUUACUGUUGAGAGUUAGAAUAGUAGAAUACACAGACAGGGUGCAGUUUCUCUUGUCAGUCACUGACAGUUACUCAAUUAGCCCAUGUCAACAUUCUUAUUUAAUUUUUUAGAUUGAUAAAUUAGUCUAGCGGCCAUCUAUCAAAAUGUCUAGUAAUCAUGGUCGAAUUACUGACUGGGGGGCCCCAUUGAUUUUGUUAGUCACCCUCACUCAGAUAUAAGUUUAAAAACUGCAAAUAUUUAUCUUCGUCCCAAUGCAAAAUUAAUAUAAUUUUCAAAGUGAAUAUAAUAUUACAAAAUCUUCUCUAUGCCCCAUGGAAAAAUGUGUAGAAUUAACCAAAAAAUGCUGUCGGGGGGCAUCUUAAAAAGUUUUCUCCGUAAGGUGGGGGUGGUUACCCCCAACAAAAUUUUGCUUAUGGCCCCCAAAAGGAUCGGGCCAGCUUUGACGGCAUGUGUGGGUAUGCAUACCCACGAGCCACUGCGGCCCCUCAUGAUGACUUAGAUUUAUUUUGUGGCCCCCGCCCCCAUCAAAGGUGCCGAUCCCUUUGUAUUGUAAACUCUACUUCCUUUCUGUAAAUGUCAUUGUGCACUCAAAUAAUUGACUCCUGGCAGUAUGUAAGUAGAUAUAUUGUAUGUUAGUGUCGUCAGGUCGGCUAGUAUUUGUAUCGUGAUCCUGCCUUGUGCGUUGUAAAUUGUGAAAUAAUAAAGAGUGCCGAUCCCUGCUCUAGCAGAUUCAGGGAUUGAUUUCAAAUCAAAUCUAACUUUAUUUGUCAUGUGCCGAAUACAACAAGUGUAGACUUUACCAUGAAAUGCUUACUUACAAGCCCUUAACCACCAGUGCAGUUCAAGAAGAGUUCAAAUAUUUACCAAGUAGACUAAAAUAAGAAGUAAUAAUAAAAAGUAACACUAAGAAUAACAAUAACGAGGCUAUAUACAAGGGGCACCGGUAACGAGUCAGUGUGCGGGGGUACAUGUUAGUUGAGGUAAUUUGUACUUUAGGUGGGGGUCAUAUUAUUUUUUUUUAAAUUUUUAUCAUAAUGUACUGUGUACUUCAGCUUGUGUCCUCAAAAGUAACCACCUCAGCAAUGUAUAACUAUUUUUACCAGAAAGGUGAGAUUUUUGUCUUUCUUGGAACAUGCAGCAUUACUAGUUACAGUUUAUGGCCCUCGUGAUAAAUAAUAACUUUUGGAAUUACAUCUUAGUUAUAUCUAGAAAAGGCUCAUGUCACAUGUAAUGUACAAUAACGCUGGUUUCAACAGAUCUCGUCAUAAGUAAAUUAGACGUUUCCUGUGUGGGGGUGGGGUGGGGACGCGAUUUGUCGUAUCGGUUCGUCGACAAAGCAAGACAUGGUCACAAUGGCAGAGAUCUCGUCACAAAUUCAUUAGACGUGGGGACGCGAUUUGUGGUAUCUGUUCGUCGACAAAGCAAGACAUGUUCACAAUGGCAGACCCAAAUAUCUCAUACCUUUUGAUUGUGGAGGACUUUGGUGAAUACUUCAACGACACUGACUUCAACACAACUUAUGAGCUUGACGAAAACACCCUAACCUGCAAUACUUCCCCCAUUUCCUCCGGUGUGACAGUCGUCUUAUGUGCCUUAUACGUCCUCAUCUUGCUCUUGGCCAUUCCUGGGAACAUGGUGGUGGGGCUGGUGAUAGCCUCCAGCAAGCAGCCGCUGUCUCCCUCUGACUUAUACCUCCUCCACCUGGCUGUGGCCGACUUCCUGUUGGCUCUCACCCUCCCUUUCUGGGCCGUUUCUGUCACCGUGGGCUGGGUCUUUGGUGACGCCAUGUGCAAACUAGUCAGUGUCUUUCAGGAGGUCAGCUUCAAUGCCAGCAUCCUGUUUUUGACCUGCAUCAGCGUAGACCGUUACCUGGUGAUCGUGCGAGCCAUGGAGGCAUCCAAGGCUGCUCGUCGCCAAGAGGUCAGCUGGGGCACCUGUGCCACUGUCUGGCUCGUGGGUGGCCUGCUGUCCCUGCCCGGUCUCUUGAACCAUGUCGUCUUCUUACCCAGAACAGAGAGGAUGACAUGCGCCGAGAGUUACGACCCAGGCAGCGCUGAGGCUUGGCGGCUGGUCAUACGGGUUCUCGGGCACAUGUUAGGGUUUCUACUCCCUUUGACAGUUAUGGUGGUGUGCUAUGGUGUGAUUGUGGCUCGACUCCUGCGGACCCGGGGCGGUUUCCAGAGGAACAGGGCCAUGAGGGUGAUUGUUGCGCUGGUUUUGGCCUUUCUGCUUUGCUGGAUGCCCUACCACCUGGCUGUGAUGGCGGACACCCUAUUCCGGGCAAAAGUGGUGGGGUAUGGGUGCCGAGAGAGGAACGCUGUGGACACAGCCAUGCUCGCCACCCAGAGUCUGGGCCUGCUGCACAGCUGCGUCAACCCGGUUCUCUAUGCUUUUGUCGGGGAGAAGUUUAGGAGGAGGCUGUUCCAGAAAGUGGGUGUGAUGGAGCAGCGAGCGUCGUUGACCAGGGCCAGCAGAUACUUCUCUCAGACCUCAGAGGCCACCUCCACAUUCAUGUGAUCUUAAAAUGUGUGUUUUUACCCCUGAUUAUAAGAAGAAUCAAUGAGUCAUGAUGAGGACUCCGGUGCAAUGCUGUGGGUGUGCAGGAGUACGCCCACAUAAAUGUCAACAAACUGGACUUUUAAAACAGCCUUCUUACUGGUCUUUACAUGUAUUAUUGUAUUAACUCAAUGCAUCAAUUUUUUUUGUUUUGUGAAAAGGAAGUGUAACGCCCCUGGCGGGUUUUGAACGCAUGUCUCCCAUGUCUCCAAUAAAUCUGUACCAUUUUUGUGGAGUAUAGUAACAGGCCUAAGCUAGGUCCAUGACAUUCAUUUUUAUAUAUAUUUUUUUUAAUUUGACCCUUUUCUCCCCAAUUUUCGUGGUAUCCAAUUGUUAGUAAUUAGUAUCUUGUCUCAUCGCUACAACUCCCAUACAGGCUCGGGAGAGACGAAGGUCGAAAGCCAUGCGUCCUCCAAAACACAAGCCGCACUGCUUCUUAACACAGCGCGCAUCCAACCCAGAAGCCAGCCACACCAAUGUGUCGGAGGAAACACUGUGCACCUGGCGACCUUGGUUAGCGUGCACUGCGCCCGGGCCCACCACAGGUGUCGCUGGUGCGCGAUGAGACAAGGAUAUCCCUACCGGCCAAACCCUCCCUAACCCGGACGACGCUAGGUCAAUUGUGCGUCGCCCCACGAACCUCCAGGUCACGGCCGGCUGCGACAGAGCCUGGGCGCGAACCCAGAGUCUCUGGUGGGACAGCUAGCCUGCGAUGCAGUGCCCUAGACCACUGCGCCACCCGGGAGGUCUGACAUUAUUUUCUAUUCAUAAACAUUGUUUAGGGAAUAUUCUGAAAAGAUGUAGUAAAAAAAAUAUUGACAUAACAAACUUGGCGACGCCAUACAUAUGCAUGUUUUCCGUUGUAAAUCAGACCUUUCAUAAAACUGCGUGCGUGAAUUCACCUUUUUAUGUUGACAAUAGCACCUUUUUUUUUUGCUAAAAGAAUGAGCAAUGGCAAAUUUUGAUUACACUCCUGUUGAGGUGUGGGCAGAAUGUUUGAAUAAUUUAGUGACUUAAAAAAAACUAAAUAUGCAUGCUAUCAAAUAUAGCAGGUGCCAAACACUUGAUUGAUUGUACAUUAGAAACAUCUUAAAAGUGAAAUUCUACAGCCCACACUUCUACAGUAUGCAAAAUACAAAAUGUUGUUAAUCAAUAAAUUAUGUUUAUCUCUUGCCUUGGUUUAGUCUCUGAUAUUAAAUAGGCUAUUUAGAAGAAAAAGAAACGCACACCUAUUAAGACAAGGUGCUGGCUAGCGGAGUAGAAAACUUGAAAAUAAAAGAGACGCACACUAGGAGCUCAGAUGCAAAAAUGUAAUUACCAACGUUUCGACAGCCAAGCUGUCUUCAUCAGGGUAUAAUCAAACACUGCCGAAUGACUCGUUUAUAUAGUGUCAAAAGACACAGGUGUCUGUAAUCAUGGCCAAGAGGGGCCUAAUAUCAUUGGUUAAUAAUCAAAUAUUAAAAUGUCAUACAAAGAACAACAUACAAACAACAAAUGGAUAAUGAUAUCAUGGCUUUAGAAGAUUCUCAUGGGCUAAUUGACAUCAUUUGAGUCAAUUGGAGCUGUACCUGUGGAUGUAUUUCAAGGCCUACCCUCAAACGCAGUGUCUCGUUGCUUGACAUCAUGGGAAAAUCAAAAGAAAUCAGCCAAGACCUCAGAGAAAGAAAUGUAGACCUCCGCAAGUCUGGUUCAUCCUUGGGAGCAAUUUCCAAAUGUCUGAAGGUACCACGUGCAUCUAUACAAACAAUAGUACCCAAGUAUGAACACCAUGGGACCACGCAGCCAUCAUACCGCUCAGGAAGGAGAUGCGUUCUGUCUCCUAGAGAUGAACGUACUUUGGUGCGAAAAGUGCAAAUCAAUCCCAGAACAACAGCAAAGGGCCCUGUGAAGAUGCUGGAGGAACAGGUCCACAGUAAAACGAGUCCUAUAUCGACAAUCUGAAAGGCCGUUCAGGAAGGAAGAAGCCACUGCUCCAAAAACCGCCAUAAAAAAGCAGUCUACAGUUUGCAACUGCACAUGGGGACAAGGAUUGUACUUUUUGGAGAAAUGUCCUCUGGUCUGAUGAAACAAAAAUGGAACUGUUUGGCCAUAAUGACCAUCGUUAUGUUUGGUCGAAAAAGGGGGAGGCUUGCAAGCCGAAGAACACCAUCCAAACCUGUGAAGCAUGGGGGUGGCAGCAUCAUGUCGUGGGGGAUGCUUUGCUGCAGGAGGGACUGGCACACUUCACAAAAUAGAUAGCUUCAUGAGGAAUGCAAAUUAUUUGGAUAUAUUGAAGCAACAUCUCAAGACAUCAGUCAGGAAGUUUAAGCUUGCUCGCAAAUGGGUCUUCCAAAUGGACAAUGACCCCAAGCAUACUUCCAAAGUUGGACAACAAAGUCAUUGUAUUGGAGUGGCCAUCACAAAGCCCUGACCUCAAUCCUAUGGAACAUUUGUGGGCGGAACUGAAAAAUUGUGUGCGAUCAAAGAGGCCUUACAAACCUGUCUCAGUUACACCAGCUCUGUCAGAUGGAAUGGGACAGAAUUCACCCAAUUUAUUUUUUGAAGGCUACCCAAAACGUUUGACCUAAAGUUAAACAAUUUAAAGGCAAUUCUACCAAAUACUAAUUGAGUGUAUGUAAACUUCUGACCCACUGGGAUUGUGAUGAAAGAUAUAUAAAAGCUGAAAUAAAUCAUUCUCUCCUAUUAUUCUGACAUUUCACAUUCUUGUGAAGUGGUUAUCCUAACUGACCUAAGACGGGGAAGUUUUACUAAGAUUAAAUGUCAGGAAUUGUGAAACUAAGUUUAAAUGUAUUUGGCUAAGGUGUAUGUAAACUUCCGACUUCAACUGUAGCUUUGCUAAGUGCCAGCGGGUUUCAGCUAUUGUUAGCUUACUUGUUAGUGGUUUAGAAGGUAAUGGUUGUAGCAUUGUUUAGCACAGGUGUCCAGUCAUUUGUAGCUUUUGAAAAUUGACACAGUAAGUUUUUAUUUACAUUUUUUUGAUAAUAUAAUUAACUGCAAUUUGGCAGUACGCCAAGACCUUGUUUUGAGAACAAAAUAUAUCUCACUUUUAAGGUCUCAUCUUAUAGACAGGAAUCCUUGUGCGGUAUUGGUCUGUCACAUGUUGUGAACCAGUAUUGAUCGGUCACAUGAAUGAAACGCAAAACUGUAAUGUUUAAUUAAUUAUGCAAAUAUAACUUGUCUGUGUAUAGGCGUAUAUAAGACAACUGCUGGGAUUGCAUAAGUAGAGCUUCUGUUUGACAUGUGUACUAUGGUGCAUUAAGUGUGUUGGAACCUCUCCAGCGACAAAAACAAUGAUUGAUUUAAGAUUGA